GGAUACAUCAUCACUGCUUGCCGUGGCCGUUAAGUGCAACUUCCGCGGCUCCUUCUUCUACCUCGCGACCACAAACUCGAGUGAACGCACGCGGAGCUCAGAGAUUAUACCAUGUGAACGAGCUUCCUCUGCUUUAGCCUUUAGGACAACUACGAUACGCCGCCACCCCGGUAAGGUCCGACGACGAGAUGGUGAGUCUGCUCCUGGUCGUGGGGCUCGGCUGCGUGCUCCUCGCCGCGGCUUCUGAACCCGCCGCCGCCUCAGACGACGUUGCUGCGCUGCUUGCCUUCAAGAGAGACAUCUACGAAGACCCUCUCGCCAUGCUGUCGGACUGGAACUCCAGCGACACGGUUCCAUGCCAGUGGUCCGGCGUCUCGUGCUCGCCGCUCGACGGCCGCGUCGUUACUCUAGAGUUAUCAAAUUCAUCACUCAGAGGGUUCCUGGCAGCAGAGAUUGGAUCCCUCAGUUCUUUGCAGAAACUUAUACUGGAUCACAAUACACUAAUGGGCUCAAUACCAAGAGCAAUCGGCAAGCUACAGAACCUUACGGUGCUGAACCUCAGUACAAAUCAGCUUAUGGGGCCCAUUCCGAGCGAGAUCGGGGAUAUGCGGAAGAUCUCAACAAUAGACCUUCACGCGAAUCGGUUGAAUGGAGAUAUCCCCCCUGAGCUUGGCAAAUUGACAAACCUCGUGGAGCUACGGCUGAGCAAUAAUAGUCUCACGGGGACUAUUCCUGGAAGCAAUGAUUCGGUCAUGGUGACCACCAGCAGAGAAGAUCAAAUUGGUUUCUGUCAGUUAGCCCAGCUAACUGAUUUAGACCUCUCAUAUAACUUUUUGGUUGGUGAUAUCCCUACAUGCUUGAAGCAAAUGAAAGGAUCAAGCAGGGUGGGAAAUUGCUUCCAGGACAAUGACAUAAUGAACCGUCCGGUCGAGCAAUGUGAAAACAUCAACGGUACAGAUACAGACCACAUUACGGGUGGGAGUGGGGAGAAAAACAUGACACAACCACUUUGGCUUCUCAUCGUGGAGGUCGUCACAGGAGUCUCACUGCUUAGCAUACUAACACUCUGUGCCAUCGCUGGUCUCAGAAGAUGUAAAGAUAGAUCCUCUGGGGACAGCAUUCCAUGGACAAGAGCUAUAAGCUGGAAGGAGAGCACAGUGAUCUCAAUCGAUGAUGACCUGCUGGGAAACGUGCCGAAAAUGAGCCGGCAAGAGCUCGCGGAAGCUUGUGAAGACUUCAGCAACAUAAUUGGAUCGUCCCAUGAGACGGUGGUGUACAAAGGAACUAUGAAGGAUGGCCGGGAGAUCGCUGUCGUGUCACUGUCUGUUCCGGUGCACUACUGGACGAACUACGUCGAGCUAUACUUCCAGAGGGAGGUGGUAGAAAUGGCCAGACUGGAUCACGAAAACGUGGCGAAGAUGGUGGGUUACUGCAAGGAGUCUGAUCCGUUCUCGAGAAUGCUUGUCUUUGAGUACCCAGCAAAUGGGACUCUCUACGAGCAUCUUCAUGAUGGGGAAGGAUGCCAGCUCUCUUGGCCAAGAAGGGUGAAGAUAGCGCUCAGCAUCGCUCGCGUUCUCAGGCACUUGCACACCGAGUUACAGCCUCCGUUCGCUGUCGCCGCGCUCACAUCCAGUUCAGUCUACCUAACUGAAGAAUUCUCACCAAAGAUAAUUGACUUUGAGAGGUGGAGGGCUCUCGUCGCCAAACCGUUUCUCAGCUCCGGUGUCAUUGUUAAUGGCGGGCCUCUCAACAGCGUCGUGGAUGCCCGGCAAAUGCGUUUCAUGGACGUCCAGGCCAACACAUUCGCCUUCGGGGUGAUCCUGCUGGAGCUGAUAAGCGGCAGAGCCUCACUCUCCAAAGACACAGAUGACCUAGUGGAUUGGGCGAGGAAGCACUUGGACCAGCCCGAGGAGUUCAGCAAGCUCGUGGACCCGAAGCUGAAGAACGUGAACGAUGACAACCUGGGAAUCAUCUGCAACGCGGUGAACCUUUGCAUCGACGCCGAGCCGUCACGGAGGCCCUCAAUGAACAUGAUCGCGGCCAUCCUGGAGGAAGGCGUCGACAUGUCAACGGCGACCGCGCUCAGGGCUUCAUCCUUGGCAUGGGCAACGGCGGAGUUGGCCAUGUCGUAGAUGUUUGUCGCAGAUUUUUUGUGUUUUCAGGCUGUAAUUGCACAGCGGUUUGCGCAAAGAUUGGUUUUUGAUC